UAUUCAACAUUUAAUAAUAUUAAAAGUUUAAGUUUAAAUCAUAAUUCUAUUACAAGCCAACUUCCAACAAUAUUUUCAUCAACAAAAAUUCAAUACUUGGAUCUUAGUAGUAAUACUCAAAUGACAGGUACCAACAUUGAUGAAUCUUAUUGUAAUACAGUUUUAAUUCUUACAGGUAACACUAAAAUUACAGGUUCAUUACCAGACUGUUACAGAGGUCAUUUAUAUGAUGCCACCAUUUCCAAUUGGUUUGCAAAUACUGGCUUAACAAUAGUUCCAUUGGAUACAUUAGAGAUUAUACCAAAUAUGAAAAUAAUUAAUGGCAAAACUUAUAUUUUUGGACAAAAUGUUGGUUUCUUAGGCAGUUCAAUUAAAACAUCCCCAUCAAUUUCUUUCAGCUUGGAUGUACCAAAUCUCAGUUUUUAUUCAAACACUACAACCUCAGCUUUAUAUACAGUAACAUUUUCAAGUGCAAACAAUAAAGUGUUUUAUCUUAGCAAUGACCCACUUUAUCCAAUACCUUCAAAUAUUUUUAUAACUUCAUCUGAUGGAGCUAUUUCAAUUAAAGGAAGUUAUUUCUCUUAUAAUGAAAGUUUAGUUAGUGUUACAAUCGAUGGCUCUCCAUGUAUUCUUUCUCAAGCACCAACUUUUAAUGAAAUUGUUUGUAAACUUUCAUCAUUUAAUUCCACCAAAACAAAAGUACCAGCCAUUAUUACAAUCGAUCAAGAAACAAGUAAGUUUACAUUGGAAUCUCUCUUACCAGGAACAGAAAAUAUUAUUACAGAUUGUCCAAAUAGUUGCUCAAAUCAUGGUUCCUGCAAUUUAGAUACAUCCAAAUGUACAUGUGAUAGUGGAUGGACAUCAAAGGAUGAUUGCUCAUCGGCAGUUGUGCAAUGUAAAGACCCAACAUGCUCAGGACAUGGUACUUGCUCUACAUCAACCGGCAUUUGCCUCUGUGAAUCACUUUACAUUGGUGAGACAUGCUCAUUACCAAAUCAAUUCAUUAGCUCAGUACAAUCUCCAGGUGAACUCGGUGGUUUAACUACUUUAAGAGGAUGGUUUGGUGAUGUCCAUGAUGGAUUAAAAAUUCAAAUUGGCAACCAAGCUUGUUCAUUAAUUAAUGUUACUGUAAAAGAAAUUAAUUGCACUGUUGGCCCAGGCAAAGGCGAGCAAGUAGUUUCAAUCACGCAAAAUGGUAUUAGUUGGAGUGGUCAGAAUUUAUUCCGUUAUUAUAGUGGUCUAUUCAGAUGCUUAAAUGACUGUAUGGAAGAUUUAUCGCAUGGUGUCUGUGAUUCUACCAAUGGUAUUUGUCAAUGUUUUGACGAUUGGUCUGGUUUUGAUUGUAAUUCAAAAGAUAAUGGUAACAGUCAAACAUCACCUGGCGGUGUUACAAAUGGUGAUGUAUCUUAUGAUAUUUCUGUUUACAAAAUUGUUGAGUAUUCAAUAACCGGAGAAAUGCUCUUUGAAUACUUUUUACAAAACUCUUGGGUUAUUGAUAAAGAAAAUACAAAUCAAAAUAUUCAUAAAUUCACCCAAUACAUUGGAUCUACUGGUGCCACAGUCGAAUCUACAAUCGAGGAGGUCAAGGUUCAAGAAAAGAGAGAGUUUGGAGGUGUAGUAUUCGAAGUUAAACCAGGCUCAAUUAAAUUUUCAGUUAGUAUUAAAAACUAUCAAUAUCAAAGUAGUCUUAGUACCAUUCAACUACAAAUUAAAUCAGUCGCAACCUCUGAAGACGAUUGUAAUUUUGAUCCAGAGGUCAAAGAAAGUGAUGGUAAUGAUUUAAAUUAUCUUACAAUCACCAAAAAUGAUAAAAGAUUAUAUGGACGUUUCAUCAAUACAGUUAUUAGCGAUGGUCAAUCUACCUAUUCCUCAAGUAAAAUGUUAAAUACAACCGAUAAAAAUGAAAUCCUUUUUGGAUUAAAUUUACCACAUUGCACUGAAGAGUGUAUUAUCGAUCCAGACUUUUCUGUUUUAGUUGACCCAAAUAUUAAUAAAAAAUGUAACUCUAGAGCAUGGGUAUUACCUGUAGCAAUUGUUAUACCAUGUGUAGUUGUAUCAGCUUUAGUAGUAGCAGGAAUUGUAUAUUAUAAAAAGAAUCGUACAGUGAUUCAAAUCAAGUUAAAAACCUUAAGGGAUAAAUAA